AUGAGCGGGACGUCCUCCGCAGCAGCCUCAAUCAAGAGCCCAAAGCACAAGGAGAUAGUCAUUAGGUAUAAAGGGAAUAAGGCAGUACCAGAAGCAUGGAGAAAGCUAAGGCCCAGUGAGCUAGUCCAAAAGCUCAACGAGGCGCUCGCGUCCACGGAAGACACGUUAAUUAUGGCAGCCAAGUUCAAGACAGCCAGAAUCAACAGCAGAGGGUCAAUCGUCGCGCACACGGAGACCGCGGCACAAGCGGAGACCCUGCGCAGGCAUAAAGAGGACUGGAAGGGAUUCGUAGCGACAGAGGCAGAUGUGAUGCUGCCAGUCUACCCAGUGAUCAUACAUGGGAUACCAAUCAAAUCCAUUGACCCAGGAAACAAGACAGCAGACGGCCAGAAAGACGGCAGCCUCGUGGUAGACUGCAAAACGCCUGAAGGAGCCAAUAUACUUAUUAAGGGUGGGACAUUAGCAUGGAGCCACGGACUACGAGUGGUACGCAGACACGACCCGACAUAUCAGUUUAUCAGAUGCCUGAAGCGCUACCAAUAUGGGAAAUGCAAAGGAACCUUCUGCACGAACAAAGAGACAUGUGGCAAGUGCGCCUCUGUCGAGCACAACACUGAGGACUGCACAUCCUCAGUCCCAAGAUGCUGUCUUUGCCACGGCGCACAUUACUCUUGGUCAAAACAGUGUCCAAAAUAUAAAGACGAGAUAAGGAGGGUAGAGGUAGCAAAGGCCGAACUAAACGCCCGCCCCUUCUACCCCGAACCAUGCUACGAGGUCAGUCCAGGACCUUCUGUGGUCGGCAGCCGCCCUGCAGGAUCACAAAACGAUAAGAUAGAAACAGAUCACAUCCCAACACAAGCAAACCAGAAAGGAACAAGCUGGACUGGAGUCCCGACGGCAAGCCAAAAUGCCCCAAGAUCGCAGGCGACAGAUGACCCAGAAGAGUACAUCCUGGUAAAAGCGAGGAAACCAAAGACCGCGAAUCAACAACUCCGAGAGAUCAGUACCAACCCAAGGAAGAGACGACAUGACGACCGGAGCCGAUCCAGGUCAGAAACCAGAGGGAAAACACGGUCAAAAGCGAGGAGCAGCAGUGCCCGCCGCGAGGAGCCGGAAAUCUCGUUGCAUAUCAACAAUAAGAGUGAGCAGGAAGAAGAGUCUGACCUAUCGGGGACAAUCAGGACAUUGAAAUAUAGGUCUUCAUCAAGACCAGCAGUACCAUCGAGGAAAGUCAAAGAAAACAUGAGCGCGACGCAAUAA